CAUGGGGAACACGGGAGGAGCCUUAGAGGGGUUCCCAUGGCACCCAGCAGUGCAGAAAGGACUGCCAGCCAAGCUGGGCCACUUUGGGGCUUACUUCUCUGUACCCGAUGAAAGCCUUUGGCCUCACCCGUCAGUGGCCUGGAGCCUGGCUCAUUUGGAAAAGCACAUGGGAAGCAGCCUUUGGAACAGAUGCUUGUAAUUCCCUGUGGCUGGGCCCGGUCCUUGUCCUCACGGUGGCCACAUGGGGGACCUCUGGGGGCAGCAGAGGGGUACCUGGGAAGGUUUUGGCAGGACUUCCUUCAGCAACAAUAGGUAUGCAGCACCCACUUUGUGCAGACCCUUUGGGGACACUUAGCAUAACUGAGUGAAGGAAGCAGACACAAUACUGGAACCCUGUCCCGGGCCGAGUCGGGUAGUCACUUCAGGCGUCAUCCACAGGUCACAGCUGGGGAGCUUCACAGGCAAUGCCCUCAUGGCCUCCUCAAGUUACAGGGGGCAUAACAAGGGGCCAGAGGAGGAACUGAAAAUCCGCAGGAUGGGACGGGCUAGGCGCCUUGCCUGGGAGCCCGAGAGUGUGCUCAGGGUCCACCAUGACAGCCAGCCUUCAUCCACCCUGGAGGGCCAAGUCCUCCACCACUUGGUCCAGGAGGAGCACCUGGGGCCCAUGGUGGCAGAGCUGGAAGACCCACGGCAGAGGCAGCUGGCUCCAGAGACACAGGGAAGGUUGGCUUCGUGGCUACAGCGAGUCCAGGCGCUCCUUCAGACCCCUGUGCAGGAGCAACGGCCGGUGUCACCUGCCUCAGCCCCUGCAGAGCCAGAGGACAUCCCAGCAGAGGCCUCAGCUCUGAGGCAAGGACCCAAGCUGGAGCCCCAGGAGCCCUCAGGCCUGGUGCGCAGAGCAACUGCCGUGAUGGUACCAGGCCUUACAGAGCCAGAGCCAUGUCCAGACCCCAUGAGCCCCUGGGACAUCCCAGGAGUGGUUUCAGCCCCGGUGCCAGGCCCCGAGCUGGAGCCCCAUGAGCCCUUGGUCCCGGGUCCCGUGGCACCUGCAGGAAUGGCACCGGGCCUGGCAGAGCCAGAGGCGGACCCGGAGCCCACCCGCGCCUGUGUCGCCAUCACCCGGCACGUGUGGAGGAAGGAGGAGUGGACCAUUCUGGCAUUUCCCCAUGGCCUGGUGGCCGAGCAGCUGACCCUGAUCUGUGCGUUCCCUGUCAUCCAAAGUGAGAUCACCAUGCAGAGGAAGCUGGCCAAGGUGUAUGACCUGGAGCCUGAUGAGCGCUUCCGGUGCUUUGUCCAGGCCGUGGAGCCCCUGGAUGAGGAGGAGAGGUGAGGCCGGCCGGAGUCAGGCGUGGGCUGCAGCUGCCGGGAGGCUCUGGGAGAAGGGCCCCCUGACGUGUGGCUCCAGGGGCUCACAGGUGUCCCUCUGUCCUGCAGCUACAGCCUGUCCUGCCAGCUGGAGCCCCCAGGCCAGGGGGCCGGCAGAAAGUGACUAUUCUUCA